GGUCCUCCCAGAUGCAAAAGGGAGCGUCCAUAGUUUCAGUUCAAAGCAACUGUUGGCAACAGGUUAGCAUUCAAGAUGGCGGGGACGGCACGCCACGACCGAGAGAUGGCGAUCAAGGCCAAGAAGAAGCUCACCACGGCCACUGACCCCAUCGAAAAGCUCCGCCUGCAGUGCCUAACCAGGGGCUCCGCGGGCAUCAAAGGACUUGGCAGAGUGUUUCGAAUUAUGGAUGACAAUAACAACAGAACCCUUGAUUUCAAAGAAUUUGUGAAAGGGUUAAAUGAUUAUGCUGUGGUCAUGGAAAAGGAAGAGGCAGAAGAGCUUUUCCGGAGGUUUGAUAAAGAUGGAAAUGGAACAAUAGACUUUAAUGAAUUUCUUCUCGCAUUAAGACCUCCAAUGUCCAGAGCCAGAGAAGAGGUAAUUAUGCAAGCUUUUAGAAAGUUAGACAAGACUGGAGAUGGUGUGAUAACAAUUGAAGAUCUUCGUGAGGUGUACAGUGCAAAACAGCACCCGAAGUACCAAAACGGAGAAUGGACGGAGGAGCAAGUGUUCCGGAAAUUUCUGGAUAACUUUGACUCAUCCUAUGACAAAGAUGGAGUGGUUUCAAAAGAAGACUUUUUGAACUAUUAUGCUGGUGUUAGCGCUUCUAUUGACACCGAUGCCUAUUUCAUUUUAAUGAUGAGAGAAUCCUGGAGAUUAUGA